UUUUGUACUGAUGUAUUCGCCUUUUUUAAAAUGAGAACGUGACAAAACUUUAAUUUAAUUCAUCGAACGAAACCAUUUAAUUUAGAAAAAAAAAUAUCUGUCGCGCGUCUUGAUGUUCAAUUUUUAUUUAUUUACUUAGUGAUGAAGAACCUCUUGGUUACGGCGUGGUAGUACCUUCUGCUCGCUUGAUUAUCCGCAUUUUCUUCAAAUUUUAGCUCUUUACGAAUUUUGUUGAGUAAGGUCAAGGAAUAUACAUUAUACACGAAUAUAAUUAUAAGCUAAAAUGGAAGAACUGAAUGGGGACCUGUAUGGGGAUGGUCUGGUUAUUUUACCCGAAGAAGGGUCUCUGGAGCCCACCGAUAAUGGGAAUCAAGAGCAAAAUUGUAACAUUUGCGACAAUAAGUUAUGCAGUCCUCGAGUAUUAUCUUGUCUUCAUGUUUUCUGCGAAGCAUGCAUAGACAAACUGAUGGUGAAUGAAGCAGGAGACACACUAAAGUAUGAUUUGGCCGUGGAAUGCCCAAUAUGCAAACAGGAAACGAAGAUUUCUGGUGGUGGAGCUGCUUCUCUUCCAUCAGACUAUGUCCUCACCAACAUUCUGGAUGUCUCAGCCAUGGACCAAUCGGUGGUCUGCACUUGCUGCAAGAGCAAGGAGCCAGCAGUAGCCAGAUGUACUGACUGCUCCCACUUCUUGUGUUCCAACUGCAACUCAGCUCACGAGUUCAUGAGAUGCUUCGAAAACCACCGAGUCGUACCGUUCGAUGCCUUGCGGUCAUCCAAAGAGAAAGCCGCCGUGCACAAGCCAAUUUUCUGUUCGCGUCACAUCGGAGAGAGCCUGAAGUUUUAUUGCUGCGAAUGCGAAGUCGGAGCUUGCACGGAAUGCCUUACUAUCGAGCACAAGGUUGGAGAACAUCGCUGCGAGCGCAUCGUCGACGCCGAACCCAAUCUGCGAGCCGAGCUCAGGACCCUCAUCACCGAGGCCACCGCGCGGGCGGCCGCGGCCGGCAGCGCCUCCGCCCGCCUCGACGACGCGCUCGGCGACCUGCAGCGUCAGCGCGAUGACGCCGAAAAUGUUAUUAAUGAGGCUUUCCACGCGUAUAAAGCGGCUCUCGAGAGACGCCGCGAAAAGGCCCUCGAGGAACUCGAGCGGCUCCACAAGGAGCGGGAACUCAAGGUCAUGGAUCUGUUCGACAGGGUAGACAAGACCGUGCAACGCAUCGACACCGCAUGCAAAUUCGCAGCGAGGCUUCUCAAUUCCGGUGACGGUACCGAAAUCGUGAUGUUAAAAAAGACCGUGGCGUCUCAAUUCUCUCGCUUACUGGAAGGAGCCCCCGAAUUUGACGUCGAUUACUCUGUGGAAUUCGUAUCUAAAAUCGAUAAGUUCGAUGCUAUCACCGAGGACACCUUCGGAGUUUUCCGCACCGAAGCGACUCGCGCCGAAGAGCGAAAGCGCGCCAGCGAGUCAUCGGCGAUCGUCUCCGUGAUCAACUCUCACUCGCCCGCCGUGUCCGUGACCAACACGCCCGUGUUCGACGACUAUCGCCGCAUCACCGGGGUCGGAAACAUCGUGGGCGUGCCGGGAGUGAGCGGAGUGCCCACCAUCGGGGUCCCGGGCGUGGGGCCGGUCGUGAACAACAGCGUGAUCCCGGGAGUGGGCAGCGUGAACAGCGUGCCGACGCUGCCGUGCGCGUCCAUGGUGGAGUACAACCUGCAGCAGCUGGCCAGCAUCGCCGAGAAGGACGCGCCGCCGCCGCCGCACGCGUCGCCCGCGCCCGCCUUGACGCUGGCCGAGCUGCUCGCCCAGGACCUGAACUCGCCUCAGGCGUACAACAACCUGCAGGCGCUCGCCAAAUUGGGCUUGAACACGGAAGUGAACGGGUUCGGCGGAGUGGGCGGCAUGGGCGGGCGCGGCGUGUCGCCGGGGCGGCCGCUGCUCACGGCGGCGGAGGAGGCGGCGCUGGUGGCGCCGCCCGCGCCGCUGGUGCGCGCCACCAAGGCCACGCCCAUGCACAUCCGGUUCAAGUUCGGACAGCUGGGCGGCGGCAAGGGCCAGUUCAACUCCCCGCACGGGUUCUGUCUCGGGAACGACGAGGACAUCAUCGUCGCGGACACCAAUAAUCAUCGUAUUACGGUUUUCGACAAAUCCGGCAACCACAAGUUCAACUUCGGUGUAGCUGGCAAGGAAGAGGGGCAGUUGUGGUACCCGCGCAAGGUGGCCGUAGUGCGUGCCACCGGCAAGUUCGUGGUCUGCGACCGCGGGAAUGAGCGCUCGCGCAUGCAGAUCUUCACCAAGAAUGGACACUUCCUUAAGAAGAUUGCGGUGCGCUUCAUCGACAUCGUGGCCGGAUUGGCCGUGACCGCAGAAGGGCUGAUCGUGGCCGUGGACAGCGUCACACCCACCGUUUUCAUCCUGUCGGAGGAGGGCGACCUCAUGAGCUGGUUCGACUGCAGCGAGUGCAUGAGGGAGCCGUCGGACAUCGCCAUAAGCGGCAAAGAAUUCUACGUGUGCGACUUCAAAGGUCACUGCGUGGUCGUAUUCGACGACGAAGGGCACUUCCUGCGACGCAUCGGCUGCGAGAACGUGACCAACUUCCCCAACGGGAUCGACGUGUCGGACGCGGGCGACGUGCUUAUCGGGGACUCGCACGGCAACAAGUUCCAUGUGGCCGUGUUCUCGCGUGACGGCGUGCUGGUCACGGAGUUCGAGUGCCCCUACGUCAAGGUGUCGCGUUGCUGCGGUUUGAAGAUAACCUCCGAAGGCUACAUAGUCACUCUGGCUAAGAAUAACCACCAUGUACUAGUCCUCAACACCCUAUACAUUGUCUGAGGAGCAACUCGAUGGCUGUAAGUCUGCAUACUACAAGAUCUCACAUUUAUUCCCUUUAUUUUAUAUUUAAUUGCUGUUUUACAAGCUUAACAUUUUUUGCUAAACCAGUAUUUGAUUUUUGUUAUUUUGUGUUAAAUUUCAUGUUAUGUUUAGUCGGAUAUACCACCCUGUCUGCAUGCAGUGAGCUACCUAAACCCUAUACAGUAGUCUCCAUGUUUAAAUAAGUAAACGGAGACUAGUUACUACUAGGUAUGUUACUGUUUGUAGACAGGAUUUUCAAGUCAUUAUUUCCAAAGCACUGAGUACUUGCGUAUAUUUGUCGGUUUGUUUUCGUCUCAUUUUAUGAUUGCAUUUAGUUAUAGUGAAGGAAAAUCCAAAGUUUAGUGUAUUUGUUUUUAUUAUACAUAUUAUUUGUUUCCUAAAUUUAGCAGCUGGUAUGGUUCCUAGUUCGAGUGAAGUUAAUACAUGUCAAUUAGGGGACUGCGUGGGAGUGUCGCCUCGUUCCAAAAGUUGCAUCCGACAUGUUACCGAGCCCAUAGCGGCGCCGUGAUAUCGUGAUACCGUGAUACCGCGUGCAGUUGUACACGCACACUGUACACGUAGCUCAGUCAUUCGCUUGAUAGUGAACAUACGAACGCACAAUUGAGUUUUGUUAACGAAAUUUUAGUCCUGCAAUGACCAAAGGAGGCGACACUAAAAUAAC